AGCAAGUGAAUCAGUACCACAGAAACAAAGAUCCUUAUUGCAGAGACGCAAACUACAAGUAAGGAGAAGUUUGUUCAUCACAUGGUUAGGACGCUUGAUUCAUCAUGUUUCAUUGUGUUUUCAGCGGUUCUUGUGGUAUCUAUUGGUAUUACGAUAUUUAAUGUCUUCUACUGUAGUAGUACUAUGUAUAUUAACUUAACCAAACAAAAUCGAGUUACUCGGAGCAGGUCUAGGUAUCUAUAGGAAGCUGCACUCCAAACUACCUGGUCGGACGAGGAAAACUGGCUGUGUACUAGCACAGCACCAGCACCAACAGGUGGAAGUGAAGAAACAAGAUGAACGCCCGGCCGGGCGAGUCGGCGUGGGACACGCUCGAUGACAUUCAGAAUAAACUCCAGCAGUUGGAAUUGGGUGAUCAAGAUGGCGGAAAAAAGCGGGCACAUCCACCAACACUCAAAGCCCAAAGUGUGUGGGAGCAAAAGCGGACAAGAUGUAUGCAACUUCGUGUCGAUAUGACCCAGGGGGCCCGAACAAUGGGCAUACCGAGAUUACUCGAUAGAGGAUCAGCCACAACUGUACAAAUUAGAUGUGCCCCGUUCUUUGUGAAAAUUAUCAUGUAGAAAUUGAGGCGUGAAGUUGUUGAUGAUCUUUUAGAUUUAGUUCUACUUCAAUAUGGUGCUGCUGGAGUAACUACUUCUAGUGGGAAAUGAAAUACAUCUUCGGACGAGGACUGAAUCACAAUGAUAUUAGCUUGUAGUUGUAGACCACAAAUUUAGCUGUACCACAGCAGUACUUCUAGUAGAUGAGACCACAGAAGUAGUAGAAGACUAGUUGUACUUGUAGCGUAAGUCCCUGCUGCAAUAUCAAUUCUCAUAAAAAGUUUACUUUUUCGGCUCGUCAGGUCUUAACGAAUACGCGGUCAGCGGAUGAAAUCUUAGGAAAUAUUACGAAGAAAAAGUAUCAGCCUCCCAUAAUGCCACGCGAUUCAAACAGAUGUGUGGAAUUGAGAAAAAAGACGGCAGAGUUGAAGAAGGCUAUUAAUAUUAAGACUACAACAAGAAAUUUAUCUUCACAGGCAUCCUGUUCCCGUUUUUUAAGGGUAAAGUGGGGCCAAGAUGCUGCUGAAGAUGGGUUGCCCUUAGUUCUAAUGAUAAAAAAAAGAGGUUGCUAGAAUCGCAGGAGUACAUAGAGAAGAACUGCCUCACGCAUCCUGGAAAGCCGCCACCACCAGAAAUGUAUGACAAAAGCAUCAUGCCGAAAACAACAAAGUACUACUUCUACUCCAAUUCUCUUGUAGACGAUUUUAUUUUUGCUUGUAUCUAUAUGUCUGGACGAGGACUAUGCUGUAGUCAACACUUUGAAUGAAGUUUGAAGUACCUCUUACUACUGACAAACCUCCACGACGGCGACGAGCGAAUGUACAUGCAGGCCGUGAAUAGUUACUUCUUCACUAUAAAAAGUAAGCAUGUGUUCAGUUUGUCGGAACAGUGAUUGAAUCCCUUUCAUCCGUAUCCUUGAUUUUCAUCUUCAUCUACAGGACAUCGGCGAUGCUUGCGGGCUUGAAUUUUAGGGAUCUAGCGGUACCAUUAGCGACCCUGAAAUGGGCUGUGCCACCCGUGCGGCUGGACAUCCCUACGAGGGAUCCAUAUACGAGGGUAUUCCUUGUAUUACAGUCGACGAAACACAACUAAACUACAUAGGAAUAAAAAUAGCAUAAGAAAUUGACUUGUAGUUGUGAAUUAUAAUUUUCCUAGUACUAGAGUUGGUUUGUUUUCUUCUACUUUUUCUGCAAAGCUACAACAAAUUAUUUAGUCAUCCUCCUUGACUUGGUCUUGGCAGGUGAAUAUGAAGGCGGACAGCAAGUUUGGCAAUACGUGGAUUAUGGGCGUUGGCGAGAAAUUCAAGUAUCCGCCCAAGUUUUAAGGCUAUAACAACUUCAACUGCCACUUACCGUCUGAAUAAUCUGUAUCGGAGGAAAAUCAAAAUAUACUGUUAAGAAUUUUACAACUUACCGGAUAAUCUACUGAACGCACCAGGAACUGUCUCAUCUUGCCCGUGAUGAGGAAUAGUCGCUAGAGAUGUACACAUGACAUGAAGAUCCACGACUUUUAUCACUAUUACAGACUGUAUCUGUAGUUCUUGCACUGAGAACUUCUUGUUGAUGUUGACCUCGGACUUUUCACAGUCGGAGGCUUUUCUAAUAAUCCACCGGAUCUGCGAUGGGACCAGACCUCGACCCGCCAACCAUGGAAGACCAAUCGACAUUCCGACACUACCCUAUGCCCGGAAGAAAAAAGGGAAAAGCUUUACUUAGUAUUUGAUCAUUUUCGUGCUAGUUUUUUAUAGCGCUACUUGGUUAAAAAUAUCCUAAUGAUCCUACUACGUUCUACAACUACAACUUUUACCACGAACGAAGAGCAGGCACCAGUGUGUACAUUUUAUUGUGUAUGUGUUGUUUUCCCAUUAUAUCUUGUUGUUCUUGCAUGCGCCUCGUGUUCUCCCCAACGACAAUAUUUUCAGUUAGUACGCCGGAUAAUGUCGGGCCUGGUUCAUAUGAAUCGGAGACGGCGUUCACGAAGAAACAGGCGAAAGAAGACUUCGUGAUGAAGCUUAAGGACACAUUAUGCAGGCCGAAGAGUAUGAUUGGCACCAUGGGAUCGCAGGAAAGGUACUACACUUGCGUUGCUUUAUUUCAUAUUAUUACAUCAUGUUUGAUGGGCUACUCCUACUGCUAGAAGAAACACAAAGAACACGACAAGAGCGACGACACGAUAGGGUUAUAAAUAUUUUUUAGAUUGUAUCUUUUUACUACUUUCCAAGUUAGUAGACAGUCUUUGUAGUUCCUUCUCGUGAUUCCGCGCCCAUGUUGAAUUCAAAGAAGUCAACUCCUCGACCUCGACAAGGUUUUCGUUUCCGACGCAGUUCAAAGGAUGCGAACGUGGUCCGGAUUAUGCACCCCCUGGAUUACUUCGGAAAGAGCAAUACAAAAAGUUCAGAAUAGGAGGUCGACCGAAGAACCUCAAACCGAUUAUGAGUACUACUUUGUUUUGCUUUCACCAUCAUUCACUCUUCUUGCAUAGCUUUGCCUUGAUCCCUUUUCUACUUAUGACUUUCACAGAGUUGCCAAUAUUGUAGUAGGAGUAAUCGAAACACGACAACAAACUUCUACUUCCAAUCAACAAUCAAGGUGGCACAACGGAAGACGUCGGUCCGGGGUCGUAUGAUCUGCCUCCUGUAUUCGGCGUCAUCUAUCGGCCGCCAGGCAGUGCGCAAGGAUCGCCGCAGGGCUCUCCUCAAGGUUCACCUCGAAGACCGAGCAGCGCUCACAAGUGA